AUGUGGUGCCUUCUUUCUCAAUCUUCAAUUCUUCCCUUGGUUUUGCAGCUCAAACACGGACAACCAUUAGAGACACCUACACUAUUUUGGCCCACCAGCUAUGAACCCACUACGCCUCUGCAUAGGCAAAACAUUCCAACCGCAAUUCAUGUGAGUACCGAGGCCAUCAACACUUCAAUUGUUCUUGGUGUCACUGCACCAGCAGAAUCCGGCGGUAACAUAACUGUCUUACUUCAAACAAGUGCAGUUUUUCUCUUUGUGUACUGGAUUGCCAACUUUGUGGUGCCGGAUAUCAUCUCCAAGGAUCUUCAGUUCGACAAGACCAGCGAAGACCAGAGAGCUAAUGUUGAUAAUCUUACAGAGGAUAAGAAAUGAAGCGUCCGGGUAUGGAGGCUCCAAACAGCACCAAGAGGCAGCAACACGAGUCCUUGGCAAUUCAGAAUCUUCUUCCGCUCUGUAUACGCUUUGUUGUUGUCGUUGUCACUCAAAACUACAUUGAAAUUUUAGAACCCUAAUCGGGAUGUCACCACCUUAAUGAAAGGUAUUCCUGUGACAUGCAAUUUCACUGGAAUCAAUUCAACAAUUAGAAUGCAAUUCAUGGAGAUCAAAAAAGGCCUUUCCAUUUCUU